CACUGAUCAACAUUUCUUCAUUGGUGCACAGGACGUCAAGUAACUUCAUAUUUUUCUGGAGAAGGAGAAGAGUGAAGAAUUGAUGAUGAAGUCCCUCUACGUUUGUCUUUCUGCAGUCCUCCUGUCAGUCUCAGUGCAGGCUUACAAGAUGUCUGUUAAUGGUUGGUCAAUGACAAUCGCGGAUGGAGUGUGGGCUGAGGAAGGAGGCUCCGCUGUCUUACCCUGCAGCUUCACCCACCCUGACACUCACCUCACACUCACCGGCUCCAUCUUAUGGUACAAGGAGGAAACACGGGCUUUUAUCUUUAAGUGUACAUAUCCUGGUCCAGACCAUUCCCAGGGUGAGCUGUGUGAGAAUGUGAGACGGCGGGAUGGUGGGAAUCGAUUCAGAUUCGUGGGGAGUCUCACCAACAAAGAUGCCUCAGUAAUGAUGGAGGGACUGAGCCGGGAGGAUGCUGGUUUCUAUCGGUGUCGAGUGGAGCUCAAUAUCGGCAAUUUGCAAACAAGGUAUCGAACACGCCUGGAAGUGGAAGCUGCUCAGGGAAAUGUCCCAGUGGUGAGUGGGACAGAGGGAGAUUCAGUUACUUUACCCUGUAUCUUCAGUCGCUGGGACUCCUACACCCUGACCACUGUUUCCUGGAUGAGGAAGGAGCCCUACCAACACAUCGUUACAUUUACAGCCCAAUCACAGGGAACUUGGACAACUGGACACGGUGGAAAUCUGUACGAGCUCAUCGGGAACCCAGAGGAGGGAAACGCCUCGACCAGGAUAAACCAGCUGAGUGUGAGGGACAAUCACACUUACCUGUGUCUGGUGGAAUACAGGUCAAGAUUCAACUCUCAGUAUCUGAUCCAGAAAGAGACUCGGCUGCAGGUACAUGCUUUGUCUGCUUAUGGUUGGUCAAUGACAAUCGCGGAUGGAGUGUGGGCUGAGGAAGGAGGCUCUGCUGUCUUACCCUGCAGCUUCACCCACCCUGACACUCACCUCACACUCACCGGCUCCAUCUUAUGGUACAAGAAGGAAACACGGGCUUUUAUCUUUAAGUGUACAUAUCCUGGUCCAGAUCAUUCCCAGGGUGAGCUGUGUGAGAAUGUGAUACAGCGGCACGGUGGGAAUCGAUUCAGAUUCGUGGGGAACCUCAGCAACAAAGAUGUCUCAGUUAUGAUGGAGGGACUGAGCCGGGAGGAUGUUGGUUCCUAUCGGUGUCGUGUGGAGCUCAAUAUCGGCAAGUUUCAAUCAUGGUAUGGAACACGCCUGGAAGUGGAAGCUGCUCAGGGAAAUGUCCCAGUGGUGAGUGGGACAGAGGGAGAUUCAGUUACUUUACCCUGUAUCUUCAGUCGCUGGUACUACCCUACCCUGACCACUGUUACCUGGAUGAGGAAGGAGCCCUACCAACACAUCGUUACAUUUACAGCCCAAUCACAGGGAACUUGGAGAACUGGACACGGUGGAAAUCGAUACGAGCUCAUCGGGAACCCAGAGGAGGGAAACGCCUCGACCAGGAUAAACCAGCUGAGUGUGAGGGACAAUCACACUUACCUGUGUCUGGUGGAAUACAGAUCAGAACCGGAUUAUCAGUAUCUGAUCCAGAAAGAGACUCGGUUGCAGGUACAUGUGAACAGGACUGAGCCCACCACUGUAUAUCUGCCAGUCAUUCCAACACUUCUCAUCCUGCCCAUCUGCUUCAUAAUCUUCAUCAACUUCAGCAACAAAGGAGGGUGUUCACAGCAAAUCAAGAGAACGACACCUUUGAAAAGGAAUGAUCCAGGGUCAUCCAGCAUUCCUGAGCCUCAUCAGGCCCAGCAGCCGUUGACCUCAGGUACUGGCUGUACUCGAACUGACCAAUCACCAUCCAUUUCAGACACUGUAACAUCGAGUGUGUGAAGCAUCAACACAGUGGACAGACCUGCAGUGACAGAGUACCACCCUCACUGUACAGCCUGACCACUUUGGACUAACUCUCUUCCCAUUCAGUGUGACCCAGUGAG